CGCCUGCGCGAUGUCUCGGAGGCGGGGCUCGGCGGGCGGGGCCGGGGGCGCCGGAAAAGCUGGCGCUGGAAUUAGAACUGGAGCGGCUGCCCCAGUGUCGGUUCCCCUGGGUGUCUGACCCCGACCACAGGCGGCCCCGGCGGCGCGCCGGCGGCUGUGAGCAGGUACCCCGUUUUUCUGAAAAGAAUUGACCAUGUCAGAAUGAGAGGAGGUUCUCUGUGCACACUGCCAGCUGUGGGACCUUUGAAGACAAUAAAGUAGUAUUCCUUCUACCGUAAGCAGAUUCCAUCAUUCCCGCUGUAGGAUCCGCUCUUCGGGGAGCUCGUUGGGAUCCAGCUAUGGUGAAAAAUGUUUCGGAAAGGCAAAAAGCGACACAGUAGCAGCAGUUCGCAGAGCAGUGAAAUCAGUACUAAGAGCAAGUCCGUGGACUCCAGCCUCGGCGGGCUCUCCCGAUCCAGCACCGUGGCCAGCCUCGACACGGACUCGACCAAGAGCUCAGGACAAAGCAACAACAAUUUAGAUACCUGUGCGGAAUUUCGGAUAAAAUAUGUUGGUGCCAUUGAGAAACUGAAAUUCUCUGAAGGAAAAAGUCUUGAAGGGCCUCUAGACCUCAUUAAUUACAUAGAUGUUGCCCAGCAAGAUGGAAAGUUGCCUUUCGUUCCUCUGGAGGAAGAAUUUAUCAUGGGAGUUUCUAAGUAUGGUAUAAAAGUAUCAUCAUCAGAUCAAUAUGACGUCUUACACCGGCACGCUCUGUAUUUAAUCAUCCGCAUGGUAUGUUACGACGAUGGCCUGGGGGCAGGAAAAAGCUUACUGGCUCUGAAGACCACCGAUGCCAGCAACAAGGAGUACAGCCUCUGGGUGUACCAGUGCAGCAGCCUGGAACAGGCACAAGCCAUCUGCAAAGUUUUAUCCACCGCUUUUGACUCUGUAUUAACAUCUGAGAAAGCUUGAAUUCUGCAGCCCAGUGGAAGCCAGCCUCGUGCAGAAGGGCAGUAGGUUUCCAUCUGUAGUGCUGAACUACUCUGGAGAUCGAAAGUGAUCCCUUGCUUGAGAUUUUCUGAAGAAAACCAGUGUAUAAAAUAGUGGUCAUUUGCUUUUCUAUUAAAAUGUCUUAUUACAGUUAAGUCUCAA